UGGCACGGUUUAAGCCAAUCUGGCAGCCCUGAUCAACAGGUGAUCAAUGUCCCGCUACAACACAGCAUAGCAAUUUACCUUGUCGCAGUCACGUCGUCCAUCAUACGUUAAUAGCAACUUUCAUUUAUGAAGAUAAACAUUAUUUGUGUUGCGAUUAUUGCCAGUUAGUGCAAUGUCUUUCACCAGAAGUAUACGCCAAACUUUAGCAUCUUUAGCCGCCUAUCAGCUGGCAAGACGUAAUGGCGCUCGUAAGGUGCCAUAUUUAAUUUUCGGUGUCGGUUUCGCUACCGCUGCUUCCGUAUCCUUUGUUCAAAUGGAAGCAGCUAGAAAACGCAAGCUUAACACUUCCGUCUAUAUGGCUGAACCGAUAACGGAUAUAAGCACGCUAAUGGACAAUGAGGAUGAUAUGCGUACUAAAAUGGAACUAAUGAUCAUGAAAAUACAAGCAGAUUUUUGCCGUGCACUAGAGGCCGAAGAGUAUGCGGGACAAAAAUUCAUAGUUGACCGCUGGUUACGAGCCGAGGGUGGUGGUGGCAUUACUUGCGUUCUGCAAGAUGGUGAAGUAUUCGAGAAAGCAGGCGUAAACAUAUCUGUAGUGACUGGCAUGUUGCCGCCAGGUGCGGUGCAGCAGAUGAGAACCCGCGGUAAGAAAUUGGAAGAGGGAAAGAAGUUGCCUUUCUUUGCAGCUGGUGUAAGCGCGGUUAUACAUCCGCGAAAUCCUUAUGUUCCGACUAUACAUUUUAAUUAUCGCUACUUCGAAGUGGAAAGUGAUGGACAAAAGCAAUGGUGGUUUGGAGGAGGCACCGAUCUUACGCCAUAUUACUUAAAUGAGGAAGAUGCAGUACAUUUUCAUAAGACGCUAAAGGAUGCCUGCGAUGAACACGACACCAGUUAUUACCCACGUUUUAAGAAGUGGUGUGACGAUUACUUCCGUAUUACACAUAGAAAAGAAAGUCGUGGCAUCGGCGGUAUAUUUUUUGAUGAUAUAGACACACCAAGUCAGAAGGAGGCAUUUAAGUUUGUCACAAGCUGUGCGAGUUCUGUAAUUCCUUCUUACUUGCCACUUAUACGCCAACACAAAAACGACGAUUACGGCGAGCGUGAACGUCAAUGGCAGCUUCUGCGACGUGGCCGAUAUGUGGAAUUUAAUCUUAUCUACGACAGGGGUACUAAAUUUGGACUGUAUACACCCGGCGCGAGAUAUGAGAGCAUUUUAAUGUCAUUGCCAUUGACGGCGCGCUGGGAAUACAUGCACACGGUGCAGCCUAACUCAAGAGAGGGCAAGCUAUUGGAAGUGCUCCAAAACCCUAAGGAAUGGCUAGCAAAGGCUUAAAGCUGGUAAAACAUAUUAAAAAUAUACCCAAGCACUAACAUAUUGACGUGUUAACUGAAAUUCUUUAUAUGCAAGGUCUGUGAGGAUUAUUUGAAGAGAAAACACGGAUUUUUAUUGUUUUUCAGCCUUUGAUUGUUGAAGAGUUGUUGUUCGUGGUUGAACAAUGGUACCUAUUUGUUAAACAACAUAGUAUUUAAAAGAGAAUAAAGCGCAAUUUUUGCGAUAUUUUAUAACAAA